AUGAGAGCAGACGCUCUUUUAACUACACUACCCAGAGUUCCUUGCGGACCCGCUUCCUGUGGAAUCUCGGUGGUGAACUUCACCCAAACUGUUCAGUAUUUGUCUGGUUUCUGGAGGCGUGGCUUCAUGACAGGCGCUCAGAUGGCCGCGCUGCUCGCCGCGCUGCAGGACGUGAUCAUGGGAAGCACUCUGGUCAAAUGCGCCCUCACCGACCUGGGGGUCCAGUGGGCCGGCUGGGCUCUGGCUGCAGCUUUCAGAACCGAGAAGUUUUACGACUUGGCAGGCUCUGGCACAUUUAUACUACUGGCACACCUGAGUCGGAUCUGGGGAGGAGCGAGUCACACGCGGCAGAAGGUGCAGACCGGGUUGGUGACAGCAUGGGGGCUCAGGCUGGGCACAUUCCUUUUCCUGCGAAUCUUGAAGGACGGUCAUGACCGCAGGUUCAACAACGUCAGAGACAGCCCUGGGACUUUCUUUGUUUACUGGAGUGUUCAAGCUGUGUGGGUAUUUAUGACCCUCCUUCCCACCCUCAUGCUGAACACCGAGAGGCGAAACGUGCCUCUGGGGCCCAGGGACUUCAUCGGUUGGACCGUUUGGGGUAUUGGCUUCGCUGCCGAAGCCGUUGCGGAUCAGCAGAAGUGGCUUUUCAAGCGCGACCCAGAUAAUGCUGGGAAAUUCAUCCAGAGUGGACUGUGGGGCUACAGCAGACACCCCAACUACUUUGGGGAGAUCCUGCAGUGGUCGGGUCUUUGGCUCUCGGCCUCGUCCGUCAUGCAGGGGCCUCAGUACCUGAGUGUGGCGUCUCCGCUGUUCGUGUGGUUUUUACUGCGCUACGUCAGUGGCAUCCCCAUCCUGGAGCGGCAGGCGAUGAAGAAAUGGGGAUCCGAGGCAGCCUUCCAGGACUACGUCAAAAACACUCCUCUUCUCUGGCCGUGGCCGAAGUUUUGAUACCGUUUACAUUCGCUGUACGCAUCAACAGGGCAAAUUGUACUCUAAAAGAUAAGUCUCUCAAAGAUAUUCUGUCAUCGAUGGAGGAUUAAAGUCGUGAAUUCUGUCGUGAAUAAUGUUUGAUGGCUGAAAAGUGUUUACCAGCCAUCAGGAGUAUUAUUCAUGUGACACAAAAGAGGCAUCAUUAACAGCAGUUAUCAUUCCUGUCUGUGUCUUCAGAAACCCCACCGGCAAAAAACAGAAGCCAGUUUUGAGAAAUAUUUAAUGAGCUAAUUACUCUGAAGAGGGGAAGCAAUCAGAAAAACCACAAACUAAUUAACAGCUGAACAAUCUGGCUUCAUAAAGCAAUAAAAAUCCAAAACCAAACAGUUUUGAAUAGGUUUCUUUUUUGUGUUCGGAUGAAACAGAACAAGGAAUUAAUGUAAUCUUGUGGUUUGCAUUUGUACAACAAAUACUUGCACUGAUCUGUUUGUGUACGAGUUUAAAAAAAGAGACUUUUAGAACUGAACAGAUGGAAUAUAAAAUAAAUGGGUGGAAACAAGUCAGUGUUUUCCCAACAUGAUUUUCAUCUGGUAUGAAAAAAAAUACAAAGGUCAGCCAGAAAUUAACCAAAACAUGUGUUUGCAAAACUCUGACCCACAAGUAUGAAGAAACAGUUUAAUAAAAAUGUUGAACAGUU